CCUUCCUCGCGGUCCCUCUAGUCCCCCAGCCCGGACCUGGGUCCGAGCCCUUACCUCGACCCCGCCCCCUCAGCGCGCAUCCCCUUCCACGCCCUGAAUGGGGGUGACAGCGGCCGAGGACCCCGGCUGGGAGGGAGGAGGGGCUGGUCCAUGGGAGGACCCGCGCCCCCCAAAUGGCCCCCGCAGGGUCUGCUGAGACUCCUUCACUAGCCCCCCUGCAGAGCCUUCCUCGGCAUCCUCAUCCCAACCGCUCACCCGGGGCUGGCCCCCUCCUCCUCCCAACAGCCCCUUUCUCAUUCCUGAGCCCCACCCCCACCCGGCUCCAUCCUCGGCCUGCCCCUUUCUUCUCCCUCAUCUCACCCCAGCCGGGCUCCUCUGAGUCUGCCUGCCCCCCAGCAGCGCGAGCCUUUACCUCGGCCUCGCUCGGGGCUCCCCGUCCCACCAUUGCACCUCCGCCUGAGCCUUGGACGUUCACUGAGCCCUCCUCUGUGCAGGCCCCAUGCUCCAGGCACAGAGAGAGUCAGAUCCCAUCCCGCCUUGGGGAGCUUCAUGGGCUGGAAGGGAACAGACCCUGAGGGCUCGCAGCACUGACAGCCUGGAUGGCCCAGGGGAGGGCUCAGUGCAGCCCCUUCCCCCCACUGGGGGGCCCAGUGUGAAGGGGAAGCCUGGGAAGAGGCUGUCGGCUCCUCGAGGCCCCUUCCCGCGGCUGGCAGACUGUGCCCAUUUCCACUAUGAGAAUGUUGACUUCGGCCACAUUCAGCUCCUGCUGUCUCCAGAGCGUGAAGGCCCCAACCUCUCUGGAGAGAAUGAACUGGUGUUUGGGGUGCAGGUGACCUGUCAGGGCCGCUCCUGGCCAGUUCUCCGUAGUUAUGACGACUUCCGCUCCCUGGAUGCCCAUCUCCAUCGGUGCAUAUUUGACCGGAGGUUCUCCUGCCUUCCAGAGCUCCCCCCACCCCCAGAGGGUGCCAGGGCUGCCCAGAUGCUGGUACCACUGCUGCUGCAGUACCUGGAGACCCUGUCAGGACUGGUGGACAGUAACCUCAACUGUGGGCCUGUGCUCACCUGGAUGGAGUUGGACAAUCAUGGCAGGCGACUGCUCCUCAGUGAGGAGGCCUCACUCAAUAUCCCUGCGGUCGCUGCCGCUCACGUGAUCAAGCGGUACACUGCCCAGGCACCGGAUGAGCUGUCCUUCGAGGUGGGAGACAUUGUCUCAGUGAUCGACAUGCCACCCACGGAGGAUCGCAGCUGGUGGCGGGGCAAGAGAGGCUUCCAGGUCGGUUUCUUCCCCAGCGAGUGUGUGGAACUCUUCACAGAGCGACCAGGUCCAGGCCUAAAAGCGGAUGCCGACGGUCCUCCGGGUGGCAUCCCGACUCCCCAGGGUAUCUCCUCUCUGACCUCAGCUGUGCCCCGACCACGUGGGAAGCUGGCUGGCCUCCUGCGCACCUUCAUGCGCUCCCGCCCUUCUCGGCAGCGGCUGCGGCAGCGGGGGAUCCUGCGGCAGAGGGUGUUUGGCUGUGAUCUUGGGGAGCACCUCAGCAACUCAGGCCAGGAUGUGCCUCAGGUGCUACGCUGCUGCUCCGAGUUUAUCGAGGCCCACGGGGUGGUGGAUGGAAUCUACCGGCUCUCAGGAGUGUCCUCCAAUAUCCAGAGGCUACGGCAUGAGUUUGACAGUGAGCGGAUCCCUGAGCUGUCUGGCCCUGCCUUCCUGCAGGACAUCCACAGUGUGUCCUCCCUCUGCAAGCUCUACUUCCGAGAGCUGCCCAACCCCUUGCUCACCUACCAGCUCUACGGGAAGUUCAGUGAGGCCAUGUCAGUGCCUGGGGAGGAGGAACGCCUGGUGCGCGUCCAUGAUGUCAUCCAGCAGCUACCCCCACCGCACUACAGGACGCUGGAGUACUUGCUAAGACACCUGGCCCGCAUGGCAAGACACAGUGCCAACACCAGCAUGCAUGCUCGCAACCUAGCCAUAGUCUGGGCACCCAACCUGCUCAGGUCCAUGGAGCUGGAGUCGGUGGGGCUGGGUGGGGCCGCAGCCUUCCGGGAGGUUCGGGUGCAGUCAGUGGUGGUGGAAUUCCUGCUCACCCACGUGGAUGUCCUGUUCAGUGACACCUUCACCUCUGCUGGCCUGGACCCUGCAGGCCGCUGCCUCCUCCCCAGGCCCAAGUCCCUCGCGGGUAGUGGUCCCUCCACCCGCCUGUUGACACUGGAGGAAGCCCAGGCACGUACUCAGGGCCGGCUAGGGACACCCUCUGAGCCUACAGCUUCCAAGGCCCCAUCCUCACCUGGGGAAAGAAGGAAAGGGGAGCGAGGGGAAAAACAGCGGAAGCCGGGAGGUAGCAGCUGGAAGACUUUCUUUGCACUUGGUCGGGGACCCAGUAUCCCCAGAAAGAAGCCUCUGCCCUGGCUGGGAGGCAGCCGUGCCCCACCACAGCCUUCAGGCAACCGCCCGGACACGGUUACACUGAGAUCUGCCAAGAGCGAGGAGUCCCUCUCGUCACAGGCCAGCGGUGUUGGCCUCCAGAGGCUGCACAGGCUACGGCGGCCCCACUCGAGCAGUGAUGCUUUCCCUGUGGGCCCUGCACCUGCUGGAUCCUGUGAAAGCCUGUCCUCCUCGUCCUCCUCCUCCACAUCCUCCUCCUCCGAGUCCUCGUCCUCUGAGUCCUCAGCAGCUGGGCUGGGGGCACUCCCCGGGUCCCCCUCGCACCGUACCUCAGCCUGGCUAGAUGAUGGCGAUGAGCUGGACUUCAGUCCACCCCGCUGCCUGGAAGGACUCCGAGGACUCGACUUUGAUCCUCUUACCUUUCGCUGCAGCAGCCCCACUCCAGGGGACCCUGCACCUCCUGCCAGCCCGGCACCCCCAGCCUCUGCCUCUGCCUUUCCACCCAGGGUGACCCCCCAGGCUGUCUCACCCCGGGGGCCCACCAGCCCUGCCUCACCCACUGCCCUGGACAUCUCAGAGCCCCUGGCUGUAUCAGUGCCACCUGCUGUCCUAGAACUGCUGGGGGCUGGGGGGACACCUGCCUCAGUCACGCCAACACCAGCCCUCAGCCCCAACCCAGGCCUGCGCCCUCAUCUCAUCCCCCUGCUGCUGCGUGGAGCCGAGGCCCAGCUAAGUGACACCUGCCAACAGGAGAUCUGCAGCAAGCUGGCACUGCCUGGUCCCCGGGGAACCCAGGGCCAGCACGGUCCUGGUAUGAAUUCACCGUUGCUGCCCCCACCCCUGUCCCUCCUGCGCCCUGGGGGGGCCCCACCCCCACCCCCAAAAAACCCAGCACGCCUGAUGGUUCUGGCCCUGGCCGAUCUGGCUCGCCGCUCACUGUCCCUGGAGGUGGGUGGGGAGCCCCUGGGAACCUCAGGGAGUGGGCCACCCCCCAACUCUGUAGCCCACCCGCCUGUCUGGGCCCCAGCACCCCCACCCUACCUACCAAGACAACAAAGCGAUGGGAGCCUGGUGCGGAGCCAGCGGCCCAUAGGGACCUCUAGGAGGGGACUCCGAGGCCCUGCCCAGGUUCCUACCCCCAGCUUCUUCUCAGCCCCCAGAGAGUGCCGGCCACCCUUCCUCGGGGUCCCCAAACCAGGCUUAUACCCUCUGGGUCCCCCAUCCUACCAGCCCAACUCCCCAGCCCCAGCCUGGAGGAGCUCCCUGGGCACUUCUGCACCCCUCGACAGGGGAGAGAACCUGUACUAUGAGAUCGGAGCGGGCGAAGGGCCCCCCUAUUCCGGCCCCACCCGGUCCUGGAGUCCCUUUCGCUCCAUGCCCCCGGAUAGGCUUAAUGCCUCAUAUGGCAUGCUCGGCCAGUCGCCGCCACUCCACAGGUCCCCGGACUUCUUACUUAGCUACCCACCGCCCCCCUCCUGCUUUCCCCCUGAGCACCUUGGCUACUCAGCGCCCCAGCACUCUGCCCGGCGCCCAGCCCGGCCUGAGCCCCUCUAUGUCAACCUAGCCCUGGGGCCCAGAGGUGCUUCACCCGCCUCUUCCUGCUCUUCCUCUCCUCCUGCCCACCCCAGAAGCCGUUCGGACCCUGGACCCCCAGCACCCCGCCUCCCUCAGAAACAGCGGGCACCCUGGGGCCCCCGCACUCCUCAUAGGGGGCCUGGGCCCUGGGGCCCUCCCGAGCCCCUCCUGCUCUACAGGGCAGCCCCACCGGCCUAUGGGAGGGGGGGUGAGCACCAUCGAGGGUCUUUGUACAGAAACGGGCAAAGAGGAGAGGGGGCUGGUCCCCCACCCCCUUACCCCACUCCCAGCUGGUCUCUCCACUCUGAGGGUCAGACCCGAAGCUACUGCUGAGCGAGAGCUGGGGGACCUCUCCUUCCCUUCACCCUCACUGGAUCUUGGCCCAACCCAACCCCUUGUUUUGUACUUUCUUGAGUUCCCAGCCCCUACCCAGGUUUCUAACUUUGUAACUUGAUGCUGAUGUGGGUCUCUAACCUAUACUCAUAGCUUCCUUCUCCUGGACUGAAGGGUACACCCAUCCUCCCACCAUCCUCCAUCCUGGGGGCCCUCGCACAAAUCUCGGGGAGGGCUAGGCUAACGCCGCCCUCCCUCUCCCUCCAGGAGCCCCCAGCAUGUCUUGACCUGUGCACAGGGGGUGGGGGACAGCUCCUGCCAAUCCCUCCCCACAUAUCCCACUAAACCAUCUGACAAAACUAACAAAUAAAAGUGAAAAUGUGAC